AUCCUGUAAGUUUCUAGUCAGAAUUAAUUGCGCUUUUAGUAAAUUUCCGAAUGUAUAGCUUUCUUUUCAAAAGAGUCCCAAUCGGGAGAACUGUAAGAGAUUCAACAACCCAACCGGGUUUUCUGCAAAACCCUUCAUUUCUCAGAUCUAUCUCCUCAAAAGCGUCAAGAGAUCAGAACCCUUUCGUGGUCUCUUACCUCAUCAGCUCAUGUGGGUUCUCACCCGCAGCUGCCAUUUCUGCAUCCAAGAAGGUUGGUUUUGAAUCCUCUGAUGGACCAGACUCGGUUCUUACUCUCUUCAGAAACUAUGGAUUCACCGAAGCGGAGAUCUCCAGUCUCAUUAGAAAGUGUCCAUUAUUGCUCGUUGCCAGUCCUACAAAGCUCUUGCUCCCUAAACUUGAGUUUUUCCACUCCUUUGGCCUUUCGAACCGUAACAUUGCCAAAAUCCUUUCCUCAGAUCCAAGGGUUUUGUUCUUUAGCUUAGAAAACAAAAUCAUCCUUAGUUUUAAUUUCCUAAAGAGUUUAGUUGGGACUGUGGAGAAUGUUGUUUUUGGUCUAAAACGUCAAGCUCGUUUUAUCAGUUGUGAUAUUCAGAAUGUGGCUCGAAAUAUUGCAUUUUUGAGAGAAAAUGGAGUACCGGAGUCUAAUAUUGUGAGUUUACUAACUAAAUAUCCCAGAACAGUGACACCUAAAAAUAACCGGUUCAAACAGAUUCUUAAGGUUAUUCAGCAAAUGGGUUUCGACCCUUCGAAAUCCUUGUUUAUUAUUGCUCUCAAUGGGUUUGUGUCAAUGAACAAAGCGACAUGGAAUCAGAAAUUGGAGGCUUAUCGAAGGUGGGGUUUUUCUGAGUACGAUAUUCUCAUUGCAUUUAGGAGGUACCCUUGGUUUAUGACACCUUCUGAGAAGAAGAUAAUGAACCAUAUGGAUUUCUUUGUUAACAAAAUGGGUUGGGAACGGGCAGUUAUCAUCCGAUACCCACAACUUCUUAUGUUUAGCUUGGAGAAGAGAAUUCUUCCAAGGUGUUCAGUUUUACAAGUAUUGAUCUUGAAAGGUCUGGUGAAGGAAGAUCUUAAAAUUGGACGUCUGAUGAUAAGAAGUGAGAAGUAUUUCUUGGAGAAGUUUGUGACCAAAUAUGAGAAAGAAGUUCCUCAUCUCUUGGAUUUAUACAAAGGAAAUAAUAGUCAGCUAGGACUAGAAGAUGGAACUGAGGAAGAGGGCUGGAAGAACCCAUUAUAAAAUGCUCAAAUUUUUUAAAUUGGGCAAAUAGGUCUGAAUGUUUCUUUGUGUUAUUCUCUUUCCUUGUUAACACCUUAAGUCUCAAUGGACCUCAAAUCCGUAUUGUUGACAAAACAACUGCUUUGUUGUUUUUUAGAGAACUACUGAUUUGUCUAAAUUGAAUGGAACUGUUACUGUUUUCUAGUAG